UCUUUUAUCACGACGCUGAUAAAGAGAAACAGCCAAAACCAUUUGCAGACUCUCUCCCAUACCCGACCCGAGAAAUUUCCAAACAAACCACAACGCACACGCAGAGGCUCACACAGAGCUUGGAAUAUGAGAAGAAUCUGACGAAGAAGAAGAAGAUAAGGCAAGCUACACAUGACGAUGAUGACGCUGCACAGAAAAAAGCUCAGAAGCUCGCGAAGAACCACUGCCAAGUCAGAUUUCUUCGACGGCUUACCGGACGAUCUCGUUGUCUUCAUCCUCUGCAAGCUCAGCUCCUCCGCCUCUUCACCGUCCGAUCUCAUCAACAUCCUCAUCACGUGUAAAAGAUUGAAUCGCUUGGGGCUUCACUCUGUGGUAUUAUCCAAAGCCGGUCCCAAAGCAUUUGCUAUCAGAGCCAAGAACUGGUCCGAUUCGGCUCACCGUUUUCUCAAACAGUGCGUGAGCGCCGGUAACAUCGAAGCUUGCUACACUCUCGGGAUGAUCCGAUUUUACUGUUUGCAAAACCGAGGGAGUGGAGCUUCACUCAUGGCGAAAGCCGCGAUGAGAUCUCACGCUCCGGCGCUGUACUCGCUCGCCGUAGUUCAGUUCAACGGCAGCGGGGGCUCCAAGAAGGAGAAGGACCUGCGAGCCGGCGUAGCUCUCUGCGCUCGCGCCGCCUCGCUCGGCCACGUAGACGCGCUUCGAGAACUCGGCCAUUGCCUCCAGGACGGUUACGGAGUCAAGCAAAACGUCUCCGAGGGACGCCGCUUGCUAGUCCAGGCCAACGCCCGGGAGCUUGCGUCCGUUUUACGCUCCGCCACGUGGCGGUCCCACCACUACCAGCACUUGUACGCGUGCCUCACGGGGCUGGUCAGCUGCCCGCUGCUUAGUGACUUCGGUUGUAACGUUCCGGCCCCGGAGCUCCACCCGGCGAACCGGUUUUUGAAAGAGUGGUUCGGGUCGGGUCGGGCAAUUUCGGGGCAGGGGAUGAGACUGUGCUCGCACGUGGGGUGCGGGAGGCCCGAGACGAGGCCGCACGAGUUUAGGAGGUGCUCAGUUUGUGGUACGGUGAAUUAUUGCUCACGUGGGUGUCAAGCGCUUGAUUGGAAGCUGAGGCACAAAGUCAAGUGUAAGCCGAUCGAACGGUGGCUGGGUGUUGAUGGUGAGUUAGGGGGACUGGUGGAGGGUGGAGAUGGUGAGAAUGCGGCCGUUGGAUAAUGAAUAUUAAUUAUUAAUAAUAAAAAAAGGACAAGAAAAAAGAGAGAAAUUUAAUUAAUUUGGGUGCGUUUGGUUUUCCUCUUUUUUCUUUUGGCAAAUUACAGAUGUACGAUAUACAGAACAGAAGGGGCAAUAUUUGCCUUUAUUAGAUAUGAAUUAAUAUUUA